CCCGCGCGCCGGCGGCCCCGGCGCGUCCUCCGCCCGCGCGCCCCGCUCGCCGCCCCCGGCCGCGCACUUGGUGCGGUCCAGGGCGAGCGCAUCAUGGCGAUUGAAGGUGGAGAAAGAACCUGUGGAGUGCAUGAACUUAUUUGUAUUAGAAAAGUAUCUCCAGAGGCAGUUGGAUUUUUGUCUGCUGUUGGGGUGUUUAUUAUCUUGAUGCUGCUCCUUUUUCUCUAUAUUAAUAAGAAGUUCUGUUUUGAAAAUGUUGGCGGGUUUCCAGAUCUUGGUUCAGGAUACAGUGCAAGGAAGAAUUCACAAGAUAAAAUUUAUAAUUCCUACAUGGACAAAGAUGAGCAUGGUUCAUCCUCUGAAAGUGAAGAUGAAGCGCUGGGUAAAUACCAUGAGGCCUUAUCCAGAACACACAAUUCCAGACUACCACUGGCAGAUUCUAGACAAAAGAGCUAUACUUGGGAAACGAGACAGAAAUAUAGUCCUCUCUCUGCAGAGUAUGAUGGAUACAGUAGUGAAGCAUCAAUAGAUGAAGGAAACUGCAUUCAGAGAAUGAGAAGAACACCCCCACUGGAUGAAUUGCAGCCACCACCAUAUCAGGAUGACAGUGGUUCUCCCCACCUCUCAUGUACACCCUCAGAAAUUGGGGACAGUAAAUGUGAAUUUUCCCACUGCAGCAACAGUCCAAGAUGCUCAUAUAACAAGUGUCCAAGUGAAGGAAGCGCAGGUCACGAAAUAGAAAGCUUUCAUAACAAAGGAUAUGAAGAAGAUGUUCCGAGUGACAGCACUGCAGUCCUGAGCCCUGAAGAUGGGUCAGCUCAAGGAUCAUCUUCACAGCUUCCUAAACCUUUUGAUCCUGAGCCAGAAGCUAAAUACGGCACCCUGGAUGUGACUUUUGACUAUGACUCACAAGAACAGAAGCUUCUGGUAACAGUGACAGGUGUCACAGAUAUCCCAACAUAUAACAGGACAGGUGGCAACUCAUGGCAAGUACACCUUGUUCUUCUACCUAUAAAGAAACAGAGAGCAAAAACCAGCAUCCAGAGAGGACCAUGCCCUGUCUUCACAGAAACAUUCAGAUUUAAUCAUGUUGAAUCUGAGAUGAUUGGAAAUUAUGCAGUUCGGUUUAGACUGUAUGGUAUACACCGCAUGAAAAAAGAAAAGAUUGUGGGGGAAAAGAUUUUUUAUUUAACAAAAUUGAAUCUUCAAGGGAAAAUGUCAUUACCUGUGAUAUUGGAACCUUCUUACAAUCAUUCUGGCUGUGACUCCCAAAUGAGUGUGUCGGAAAUGUCCUGCAGCGAAAGCACGUCCUCUUGUCAGUCUCUUGAACAUGGCUCAGUCCCAGAAAUUCUCAUUGGUCUCCUCUAUAAUGCCACAACUGGAAGGCUAUCCGCAGAAGUGAUAAAAGGCAGCCACUUCAAAAACCUGGCAGCAAACAGGCCACCCAAUGGACUGUUCUGUUGUCUAAAACACUUGAUAGGUGGACAGGUUUAUAUAAUCCGAGAUACAUAUGUUAAAUUAACCCUACUGAAUUCCAUGGGUCAAGAGAUGUCCAAAUGCAAGACAUCCAUCCGCAGAGGGCAGCCAAAUCCAGUAUACAAGGAAACGUUUGUGUUUCAAGUGGCCCUGUUUCAGCUCUCUGAUGUGACUCUCAUACUGUCAGUGUAUAACAAACGCAGCAUGAAAAGGAAAGAAAUGAUAGGCUGGGUUUCUUUAGGUCUGAACAGCUCUGGAGAAGAGGAACUCAACCACUGGACUGAAAUGAAAGAGUCAAAAGGACAGCAAGUCUGUAGAUGGCAUGCGUUGCUAGAGUCGUGAUGACCAGGAGGAAGGAGCAAUUACCGUUCAAGGCAGCAGCAUUUCCAAGUGCAACGUUACUGUUUUUACCUAGUCACCGUUAGAAGAGCUAUUCUUUGAAGAAUCAUCUUUAACAUUCUCCCCAAAAGCUUUAAGUUCUGUGGAACGAACGUCUAAUACUGACAUAAAUGAAGAAAAGAUGGGUCUCUAGCAGAACUUGUUUGAGAAAAUGAGAAACUUGCAUCCUCUUUGCUAAACUAACAGUCCUCCAGAGCUUUCAGAGCAUCCUUUUGGUUUGAAGUUAAUUUUACUGUAGCAAAAGAGCCAGUAAUUUCAUGGAAAGUCAAGAUGACAAAUGAUUUUGAAAAUCAGAAUUUUUAGCUGCAGCAGUCUGUUAGUGUCGCCCUACAUAUGAUCCACAAAACUGGCUCGUCCCUGGUGUGUGUAAUCUUUAAUAUGAGAAAGUCAUCCUGCAUCAGUCAAGUCUAAUGGUGAAGGCUUUCAGUCACAUUGUAAAUUGUUUUAUUUCAGAUUAUUUUCCUUUUCGUUGUGCCUCAGUUCUUCUCAAUAGCACUAAAUCUAAGUGCAAGCAAGUAUUCAUUUUCAUAAGGGAAUUUUUUUAUGUAUUAUUUUAAGAAAAGUUCACUUCUUCAAUUGCCUCUGAUUUUGCCUGAUCCAAAGAGACCAAGUCACGGCACUGGUCCUUUGCAAGUCUUCUAGACAGGUUGUACUGUAGAACCAUGUAACUUUCUGUUGAAAGCACUUCCUGUAUUCUUGUAUUCCAAUGUAGGAAGCUAAUAGAGCAGGACUUUACUUAAAAAUCUCUUUCAAUGUUUGACUGUUUAAAAUUGUAGUAAUGUGCAAGUAACAUUUUUUUACAAACUAAAAAAAUAUAUAGUGAAUAAGCUGUUGAAAACUGAAAACAAUUCAAGUUAAAGGAAAUUUUAAUCAUCUGCUCUGAGUGUUUAGUGACCAACACUGCAUAAAGCAGGUAGCAUUCAAAUAAGAAACAGUUCUCUCUUCUUCACUCUUCCUUCAAUUUGUAUUUGUGAUAUAAAGACUCUUCCGUUCUCAGUUUGAAUCAGAACAGCAUAAACAGUUCUGAGAUUCCUUAAAAUGUUUCUAGUAACUUGUGACUAGAUUUUAUGAAAUUUACAGAUAACGUUCUUCAACGUGAUGUCAUCCUGUGCCUUCCAUGUAAGUUAAAUUUGCUCAUACAGCUUGAAAGUUGUAUUUGCAAAAUUAGGCCUUCAAUUUUUAUAAAUGUAAAGAUUAGAUUCCUCAGAACAGUGUCACAAGAUCUUUAUCUCCUCUGAAGUAUGUAAAAGUUGUAUAAUGUGCUAAUUUUUUAAAAUGGCAAGGCGUUUGUUGUUUUUAUAUUUAGGAACUCUGAUUAUCAGGAAUAUUAUAAGCUGUUUUCUUUUUAAUUUUGCCUCUUACCCAAUAUAUAAUUUUACGCACAUACUUUAUUAAAUAGAAUAUGUUUUGUAUAUAUGAAAAAUAUUUUCUUUUUUCUCUUUCUAAUUUCCUAGUUAAAUUAGACAAAACAGACUAUUUACCAGUUAUUCAAAAGCAGUAUAUCAUUGUUCCUAGUCCCAACUAAGUACUAUGUAUUAUUGUAAGCUAGAACUUGUUAUUACCAUAAUAAAAAAAUGCAUAGAUAUUAUUACUUCAGCUUGGCUGUACUGAAAGGCCUUAAAAGAAAUCCAAAAAGACAGUGAACUCCUAAUAUUUUUUAGUUUAAAAAAAUGGCAGCUCUGCAUUCAUAUACAUUGAGUUAUAUGAUACAAUACAAAUGCCGUAUCAGGUGACAUGGGGUUUAAGAAUGUAUGUUACAGAGAUGCUUUAAUGGGAAGAACCCAUUCUCUUAUUAUUACAUUAAUGAGCAUUUUCUAGGGUUUUUUGACUCAGUUAGGUUAUAAAGUUAAAACAUGUAUCAAAUGGAAAAAUAUCUCAUGAAAGUAUUUUUAGCAACAGACAUGGAAAGAUAUUAGAAGGGGGUAUGUAGGUUUUACUGAGAAAUUGGAUUUAGGCAUUUGAUGCUGCGAGUAACUUUUUUGGCUUUGAAACAACUAAGUGCACUGCUAAGAACCGGGAUUGGCCUAAUGAUUAAGAGAGUUAUCAGUCUCACUUGUAGCUGUAACAAAGCCCAGUCAAACACACUAUGAGACCGGCUUGGUGCUUUCUCCUUCAGCAAGUAAAGAACUAACUAGAUGUUAUUUGUGAAAUCUGUCUUUCUUCAGACUGUGCCCAGAAUUGUGUGUGUGUGUGCUUGGAUAUAUCCUUAGGGGGUUAGCUAGUCUAAGGAUCCAAUCCAGAAUGGCCUAAAAUUUAAUCAACAAUUUUUAAAAAUUCUAAGAAGGACCCUACCUCCACCCCAGCUGCCAAGUCCUCAAAGAUUAUGAAGUAUGUGUAUGUGUAUUUAUACACAGUACACACCUGCACACAAUAUAUAUAUGUAUAUAUCUGUGUAUAUAUACAUAUAUGUGUGUAUUUGUAAAGAUGAAGGUGCCCUGGCUUUUUCAGAUAACUAAAUAGAAAAGCAUUUACAAAGUUUAUGGAUUAUUUUUCUCCUCUGUAUAUUUACUAGAUAUUAUAUUUGGUUUUGGGUGCUAUUUGCCACCAUUCUCUUCCACACACAGCAAAAUAUAUAUCUUUUUAUUCUUUGGAUUGACACAAUUUAGAGUAAUUACUACCCCAAAUUUGUCUGUUCUCUUAGAAAAAGAUUAAAUAGGGCUCAAGAGACCCACUCACUCUGCUGAAUCUUGUGCUUAAAUUUGCAUGAAAGCUUAAAGGAAAAAUCUUAUAUCUUAGCAAUUAAAGCAAAUAGGGGCCCAGUGGUGGGCAGCAGGUGUUGUCUGAGAAACUUGAGAAAGACAACCCACUUUCUUAUUGUUCUCUUCAAAUCCCCUAAGUUUUGUAAUAAAAUGAGAUAGUCCAGAUCCAGCAAUUGACUGGCAUUCAUGGGAGCGCCUGAGCUUGGAAUUACAGGUUUUAUUUGUCUCCCAAAUGAGCUGCAAAAUGUAGUUGUUUAUUACUGGCCAGGAAGCAACGUGUAUCUUAAAUCGGUAGAGAAUUUGUUUCGUAUAUCCUCUUACCUUUGAGAAAUUUUCCUCUGUAAUCUGUGUGUCUUCUGUGCUGUUCACGUUUUGUGUGAAAUUUCUUCGCAUAUUUUCUUACCAUGCAUUCAGUGAAUUCUUGAUAUUGUUGAACUUAGUGACAAAAAUAAUAAGUUGAAUCACAAUUUUAAAAAAAGAAAAGCCAAUGAGAAAGUAUCUAAUCUCCCCUUACUUAGAGAAACAUGUUUAAGUUUAGGGCCUGGCGGACUCUCUCAUCCAGUCUAGUUCAGAAGCCCAGGGCUAUAUGUUAAAUCAUUUUCCCGAUUCCUUCAUCAUCUUCACUUUACUUGUCAAGUGAAUCAGAAACAUAAUGCUUACAAAAACUAUUAUAGCACAAGAGUUCAUACAAUUGAGGGUGUCCUUUAAGAUGAAGAUGGAGAUCAAAUGACAUCAUAGCUUGUUUCAAGUGGACCGAGAGAGAGGCUAAAGUAUACAUUUAAAUGAAACUAGAACAGUAGUCACCAACAAAUUUCUCAAGGUCUCUAUCCAGCUGUUAAUAGCAAUGACACAAAUCCACUUUCUGAAAUUGCUGUUUCCCUACAUAGACUGGAGAGUCCGCUCAUGGAGAUUUUUCUCAUUGAGAGCUACUAUUCCAAAGUUUUCCCCUUUUUCUUUUUCCUUUCACUGGCACCCGUUCACCCAUGGCCUGCCCUGGAAGUAACCAUUGUGUCGUCAUCAUCACCAACAAAACUCAAUAUUGAGCACAAAGUUAAACAGAGUACUUUUUUUAGAUUAGCUUUAAAACACCAUCUGUGUUCACCAAAAUGUAUAAUAAUGAUGAUGGUAACUGCUAUAGUUUACUAAGAUGUAGCACAAUAAUUUGUUAUUUUGAUUCUCAUAUUACAACAGUAAUAUGAGGUAAGUAAUAUCAUCAACAUUUUAUAGAUGAUGAAGCUGCAGGUUAGAAGUUAAGCAGACUUAGUAAGUAAUAGAACUGGGAUUAGGACCCACAUAUAAAUUACUCUAAAACCUAUAUCAUACAUAUUACAAUUGUAUCCCUCUUUACUAAUUGCAAGAAAAAAACUGAACAACAUUAUUUUCAUCAAUAAUACCCCACACACACUUUAAUUGGAUGGCAGAACUAGAAAAAAAAGAAGACCAAAACAAAUAGAGCCUGGGAAAAAGAAUUACAAGACAAAGAAGAAAAGAUCAGAGGGUUUUUUUCUUCUCAGGACAAAUGAUACUUUUGUGUCAUACUUUGUAGAUGGCUUAUAUUUUCAAAGACUUAGGGAUUAAUUUACUCUGCCAGUUUAGCCUAUACUUACUUAUAUUCUGAAAAUGUAUGAAUCAAUUUGUUCUGCUGCUUGUCCACUACUGGGAAUCCAAGUAUUUCUAUUGUACACAUUCACUUCUCUGCCCUACGAAGUGGAUCGCCUUCCCAUGAUCUUGCCCCUACUAGUGAUGAGAGGAAAGACUCUUGUCUUCCUCUGCACUCUCACUUUGAUUUAUGUUGCUUCUCUGCCCUUUUUAAGGGUUAACUGGACGACAGCUAAUUUUAUUAUAUGCAUCUCUCCCCUCAGCAGUACUUAAUGUCCU